AAUCAGUACCUGUUUCCAAUUCUACUUGCAGCUGCCUUCCUAACACAGACCGUCUGUUUGGAUGAUACAACAGUUAAAUUUGAGAUCUGGGACACUGCUGGGCAAGAGAGAUAUCACAGCUUGGCACCAAUGUACUACAGGGGUGCACAAGCUGCCAUUGUGGUCUACGACAUAACCAACACAGAUACCUUUGCACGAGCCAAGAACUGGGUAAAAGAACUGCAGCGACAAGCUAGCCCAAACAUAGUGAUUGCAUUAGCUGGUAACAAGGCUGACCUUGCAAAUAAGAGAGCUGUGGAAUUUCAAGAAGCGCAAGCAUAUGCAGAAGACAACAGCUUGCUGUUCAUGGAGACUUCAGCAAAGACUGCAAUGAAUGUGAAUGAAAUAUUUAUGGCCAUAGGUAUAUGAAUACUCUUGAUUCUUGCACAAGCAGGUUUUCU